CCCAGCAGCAGAUUAGUGACGCUAUCCACGCAGCGCCGCUAGAACACUGCUCCAGAUAACAACACUAUAGUGCGAGGCGUCAGGCGGCAAGAUGUGUGAGCUCAAGGGACUGCGGAUCACUGGUAUUGUCUUUGCUUCUUUGGCUACACUGGUAGCGAUGGGCAGCGAAGGCUUCUACAUCUGGAAGGCGGUCGAGGUGUCCCAGUGCACCAGUACAAACAGCAGCGCCAUAGGAAACUACGAUCCUUGUCAGGACUCGAGAAACGACUCUGAUGUUUGCUACUAUGACGAGUUGGAGGUGCGCAGCUACGUGGGCAUCGCGGAGGGCAUCGUGGGCAUGAUCACUGGCAUCUGUCUCAUCAACGGGUUUAUCUUUGUCAUUGUGCCGCUCAUGUGGGUGUGGGUCGUGUGGGCGCUGGGCAUCACCGCCUACAACGCGUACUGCAUCUACGACUAUUUCACCACCGCUCAGGACUUGUCGGUUGACUGUGUCGACGACAGUGAGUUCUGGGACGUGUUCAUCGAUCUGGACUACGCACACUUCUUCAUCAUGGUCACUACUGCCCUCUGCGGGUACGGCCUCGCGUUCUGCGUCAUCAUCCCGGUGGCGGGGGUCAUCACGCGCAUGGUUGGUCCAAACUCUGCUACAAUGGGCACUUAUGAGUUACAGGAAAGGACAAAUGGUUAGCUAUGACUUCAGUGAGUAUGUGUGGGAAAAUGAUGCCUUUGAGAUGGACUGACACCUGUUCCUUGGACCCCAGAUCUUCGAUACUCGGCAAAGCAGAGUAGAACAAGUAUAAAGUGUGUUUGUGUGUGUGUGUGUGUGUGUGUGUGUGUGUGUGGUGUGUGUGUGUGUGUGUGUGUGUGUGUGUGUGUGGUGUGUGUGUGUGUGUGUGUGUAUCUGAUACACACACACACACACACACACACAUAAACAGACACAUUAAAAUUCUCUUUUGUAACAAAUCAAUGAAAUUAGUUAAAUGGUUAAAUCUCAAUUUAGCACUUUCCUGUCACACAUACAUGAAUGUUGAGUGUAAACAUGUGUUUUGAAUAUUUCAGAGCACGGUCUCAUACCUGUAGUACUAUUUCAUGAUGACACUAAGUCACAUAACUUCAUAAAUGCAUUAGCAUUCAUUUGUAUGGAGAAAGUAUUGCAUGAUGGGAUACUUCACUCAGCAAAAGGAUUACCCUCUACAUCCAAGAUACAGUGUAAUAAAACCUCUCCACAACAAUAUUUUUAUAGCCACUGUGAACGAGAAUGAUUUGAUAUCUUAUCUAUAAUUAUUAUGUGACACCACUCUGUGUAGCAAGUAGUCUUAACGAGAAAAUAUUGUUUAUAAUAAAAACAAUGGUAUUACUUGAGAGCUGUAAAUUGCAGUGUUGGCAGUUUUGUGAUCUCAAAUUUGUAUAAGCUUUGAGAACCAAAACUGUAAUUGCUUUCCAGUUUCUUGCUCAUAUUGAUAAUUAUCGAAACUGUAAUGUACUUUAUACAAAUUAUCGUUCAUUCAAAAUAUGAACCCUUAAAUGACUGUAUACAUUUUGCAACAUAUGAACAUUCUAGGAGGUGGGUUUAAUACAGGGCACUCUCAAGCAUCCUCCAGGAUUUUACUUUUUCCACUUUGUUCCAAUGUUAAAUAAAUUACAGUCCAUAAUACAUGAUACACAUUCAGUGGGGGCAAACAGUAACUAGAGCAAUGUAUAUUCACAAAAUGUUAUGUCUCUGUGGAGAAAGAUUUGCCAUAGAGAAUAGAUUUAGCUCUAAGGGGAAGAUAUAAACCUUCCUGCAGAACAAUCUUCCUUACCUUGUAUAUUUUCAUGUGUUAUCCUCAGUUAAGUGUAUAUGUGUAGCCUUUACCAAAUUCAAAUCAGACAGUCAGUCAGUCAGUCAGACAAAAUGGAAAGUGAAGGCAGAUGGGGAGAAAGUUUGACAAAAAGAGGUUGAUGGAGUUAAGUAUAAAACUGGAAAGAAAAGCUUUGUGGAAAAACAAUGAGAAACUGACUCAAUCAUUUCAUCAUUAUCUCAAUCAAGAGAAGAUUUAAUGAGUGAAAAACUCCGCUCCAAUAAUAUCCAUGUUAGUAUCUUCCCUAUGUAGGAUAGAAUAUUAAGCAGACCAGACCUGAUAACCUUAAAGAAAGGAGAUGAGCAAUGUUUUAGUUUGCUCCCCAAUGCAUAUAUGAUAAGGUCUGUGCGAGCAUAGGCUUUGUAGGGUACUUGUUGUGAUAUGAAAUGAGGGAUUCUCAAGUGAAACAAAUAUAAACUGUUCUAUCAGUAAUCUUAGCAGCUAUUUCAAUACUACAUCAUCCUCAUCCCUAAUUACUCCAUUUUAGGGAAAGAGUCUUACCUAAUGAGUUCCAUCCCUCUGUCUGAUGUUAAUGUACUUCAGCCUGCCCUGGCAAAGGUUCCAAUUUCCUUUACCUUUGGUUUUCUGUCUAUACUGACUUCAACAAUUCCUGGGUUGCCACUCCCUCAUACUGUGCUGUACUAUCAACCUUUGAAGUGUUUAUACCAUACCUGUUAAACAUGAGAGAGACAGUUGUUUUAAUAUUUAUUUGAACAAUAAACAUAAACAAUAAACGAUAUAAAUGUCUUCCCCAGUUAAAUUAUUGCACAUCCACAUACAUAAUAUAAAACGUGUAAAGAGAUUCUAUUGUAACUGACAGGUAUACCAAUACAUCACACUGUACUCAACUUACUGUAUAUACGAACAUGUGGAAAAGUCAAAUUUUUUGGAGUUUUACUUUUAACAUCAAAUUUAGAGGGUUAACUUUUUAAUUAUGAACAAUACUUUUUAAGGGGUUAAAUUUAUUCCUCAAUCGAUGUAUAACCUUGAGAAUGUCGAUUAUUACAUGACUGACUUUUAAAUAAGUCUUCUUUGUCAUGUCAGCCUUAACCCAUGUGUAUAUGGGGUCGUUGUUUUAGGGGUUGUGGCUUGGAGUUUAAGACUGAAUGCCCUUACUGACAUCACAUGGUGGGACUGGGGUUCAAAUAGUCUCACCCCGGCUCAACACUUACAAGGCUUGAUGCUCUGACCCACUCGGCCACCAUGCCCCUUACUGAUUCUUACUCUAGUGCACAAGAAGUAAUAAUGAGAGCAACAAGUGCUUCACCGAUUGAGCAAUAAAAUGAAACAUUCACUUAUAUAAAACAUGAAAAGUGGUCCUCUUUACAAACAUGUAGUUAUGUUUAGCCACUUACAUGAACAUACAAGCAUCAACAUGUACAAAGUCACACAAGAAGAAUGAAGAAUGUAAUACACACAUGGCUGAACUGGUGGAAAAACAAAUCCAGUCCAACAUUUUGCUCAAAUACAAUACUAAUCAACUCCACAUGAUAGAGAUGCAUUCCUAGAAGCCUGACAAACAGCAAAUUAUCAAGUGGCAAAGCAGUUACAAUAUGCUCACUGGACAUAUUUUUUUCCAAAUACACACCACAAAUGAAAAAAAAAGAAAAGAAAAAAUGAGCCCCUGGAAGCAUACUUCUAUGAGGCAGACUCACACAUGCAUGUAUUUAAAUUCACAAAUUAAAUGAUAUAGCAGAACAGAUGAUAAAAGGGCAUAUUUAUCUAGUAAAAUCUAGUUUCCCCUUGACUAAGGCUGAGAGUCAAUGAGUUAUAAGGGAAGAAUGGAAGAGUUGGGAGUUUCAUCACGUAAAUGCUCGACACCAAGUAUUACUGAAAGCUGCAAGUGAUGGCUGCCAUGUAGCAAAACAGGGCAUUAGAGUCUAAAAUCACUAAAAUCAUGUAAACAAUAAUUCAAUAAAAUUUAAUGAGGUAGCUCAGUAAUACAACUCAAUGAUAUGUUAAGCUGUAUGAUUAAAGCACAAUCAACAAAUCCAUGUGCCUUCGUGGGUAAGUGCUUAGCAUGCCUAUCUAUGAAUUCACAGGCCUCUAUUCAAAUCCCACCCCAGGUAGUUGGCACACAGCCCACACAGCUGUUCAUCCUCCCCUUUGGAUUGGUCAAUAAUUGGGUACCUGGGGAAACCUGGGGAAGGUAACUGGUGACCCAACUGUCCCACUAGCCUUGUAUUCUCAGGUAAUGGGAUAUUUCCUACUACAGGCUCAAGGGCCAAUGAGUUGAGAUGAACAUUGAGGCCACACACAGCUAUAGGCUAGCGUAUACCCCCAACUUUACCUUACCAUGCAAGAGAUAUCAAAAAAUUUCUAAACCACGAGUGAGCUAUACUGUUACACACAGAAAAGUACACACUUUGAUUUUUGUGUAAAUGUUGGUAAGUCAUGAGUUACCAUAUCACUCCUCCUCAUCAUCAACCAUGAGUAUUACCAUCCAUACAUUCUGUUGUAGCAUCAUGCCACUUGGUUCAGUCGGCAGCCAUAUAUGGCCUAAGAAGAUAAUAAACAUUUAGUGUAACAAAAGUUUAUGAUAUGCCCCUUCAAAUGGUACUUGAUGUUUUCAUGUAUAAGGUCAUUAUUUUAGUCAUCUAUUCCUCAAAAAGUUUAGGCUUUCUUAAUGAUAACAUAACAAAUCUUGAAGCAGAAUGAUCAAAAUAAUUGUGCAUAAUGUGAGAGAUACUAUAGGAAACUUGCCAUAAGUGGAAGGAUACACACAUUAUGCCUUAAAAGACACAGUAAAGGCCAUAGCAAGUACAUUUUUUUCACUACUCUGACACUCAACACAUCCACCACAAUGAAUCAAGACCUUUAAUGACUAGUUACUGUUACUCAGUACAAUAAAAAAAAAAUAUUCUCAAGUAGCUGCCUUCUGAUAUAUUCAAAGGAAAAUGGGUUUUCAUCUUAGUUUAUAUUCUAAAGGGAUUGAUCACAGCCUCUUUUUGCUGUAAAAAAUUAGCCUAGCAGUAAAAGAGCUGUAAGUUAUGAAUCUCAUCUUAUUUUGAGAGACUUCAUAUAUGCUUGCAUGUAUCAGUCCUUAAUGGUGACUUUCUAUUUGGCUUGAUCUCCAGCAGCCUCUCUGUCUGCAGCCAGGCACCAAAGGUCUUUCAGUGUUCCCAGUUUCCUUGGUUUACCUCAACCAACUUUACCUUUAACCACUACCUCUUCCACCCUUCCCACCCAAGUACCUUUACCCUUCCUCUCCACAUGUCAAAACCAUCUCUAUCUACCUCCCCAUCACAACACUGAUGCAAUCAAUACGUAUCCCCUCAAAGCUUCAGCCAAAAUAUGAACCUCUUUAGGCCUAUCAUUCAGAGAUACACUGCACAUCCAUCUAACAAUACAUAUCUCUGCAUGCAUAAGCUUGCUAACACCCUUCAUAUCAUGUUUCACUACCAUAUAACAAUACUACACUUUUUCACACAAGGCGCAAACAGGCUUCUUGUAGUUUAGAAAAGACCACCUAAUGAAAACAAAGAUAAAAGCUCCCUGAAUUCCUUCCAAACACCUCUAACCCUGGAAAAUGAGCUAGCACCUGCCCAAUCUUCUGUAAAAAUCAUGUCACCGAAGUAUAAAAAAGGACUCUCCAUCAAGGUAACUGUACUCACACCUUUCCUAUACCACCUCAUCUACAAGUUAUUUCCUUGAACUCUGAAAUGUUCCAGAGACAACUUCAAAAUCCCCUACAGCUUUUGUGCACCCACUCCAAUGAUCAACUAACUCUUCAAUAAGAAAUCACUAGCAUAGUCCUGACUGAAACUACCCCUUACCCUUGACUUGAACA